GAAGAGCAACAACUGUAAUAAUCUGAACAACAAAGAUUUAUUUAAUAAAAAAAUAAGUAUAGUGUAAUACAUCAGUUGAUAACAUAGACGUUUAUUUUCAUUAUCAAGUACUAUGUACUGUACAUAGUCAUGUGCGCUGUACUUUUAUACACCUGGAAAAGCAGGUUUGUUUACACCAGCAUUGCCACAAACGUAAAUAAAUUAUGUCACGCCGACACUAUGUGAUAGGAAUUUUUAAGCUUCCUUAUCAUGUAGAUCACCAUCGAACAUGCGGUCCAUUGAUUAUUUUUAGAGAGUGGAAGGGUGAAGAGACAGAGAACGAAACACUGAUGUGAAAGAGACAUAUGGAUUGGCUGCCACCUGGGGCCGGGGAGUGAGCCUGCAACCGGGUUUGUGACCUGGACGGAAUCGAACCUGGGACCCUUUAGUCCACGGGCCAUGCUCUAACUACUAAGUCAAACCCGCUAGGGCUAGCACUGAACUAUUAAGUAUUAAGAGUUUUUAGCCUCCCACAUUUGUCUUUAAUUUUAAAAUUGAAAUCUUACACUUGCUUUUGAUCAACAAAUUCUGAAAAUAAGGGGAAAUACGACCCGAAAAGGUAAAAACUUAGAAUUAAGUGAUUCAAAAUAGUAUUUCUGCUUCCUGGGGGCUGAACUCUAAGUACAAUGGAACAGAAUUCAGAACCCCAGGGCAGAGCCGGGGUGCAGAGCAGUGAUGUCACAGCCCGCGGCGCGGAAGUUGGAGCUGGACCAUGGCUGGGCCUCUAAAGUGAGCUCUCCAGUCUCGGACCGCACUCCGCACAGGAUGAAGCGAUAGCUCCCUCCUUCUCCAGUGGCAGGCUCGACCCUUUCGCGGCCUUUGACUGAGUAAGGUCCAGUGUGGUACCAAGUGACGUGUUUGAUAAAAUAACCUGUUUCCUAAGGUCUUUAAGUAAUUUUUUUUUCUAGUUGGCCUCCUCCCUACCCGAGGGUGUAAGUGUUCUAAGGAUGCUUGGCAGUCAUGUUGUUUUAAAGAUGUUUUACUGAUUUCUGAGACGAAGGGAGAGGGAGAGAGAGAAACAUCAAUGAUGAGAGCAUCAUCAAUCGGCUGCCCCCUACUGGGAAUUGAGCCCGCUUCCCAGGCACGGGCCCUGACCUGGAAUCGAACCAUCGAACCAUUAAGGGAUGACCCUCAACAACUGAGCCACACCGGUCGGGCAGCGUCAUGUUGUUUAUUCUUUCUUCCUGGGCCAUGGUUCUCAUUUCAAUGUUACAUUACACAAAUUGCUUAUUCCAACCAAAUUGAAUUUCCUGGGAAGAUUUGGGAGGAAAAAUGGCAGAAAGGCCCAUGGUCUCCUAGUGACAGGGUGGUCUAGUGACAAGGGCUCCUAGAGUCUCCUUACACCAGACGGUGGCAUGGCAGUGGUCAGAGGACAAUGAAAGGCCUUUCUUCCUGAAAACAGCACUGCAAGGGGGUGUGCUCAUGCUUAGUGCUGUCAAGCAUGGCGUUCGGAAAGAGCCGUUCCCUUCGUUCUGUGCUUGGAAUAGGUUUAAGUUUGGUGAGCAGCAAGGGGCAGUCCUGGCUCCAUCAGCGAGUAGAGCUCACGAGACCCAGGUGGUGGGAGUGAAACCGUCUGCUCACGGGCGGCCUGUUUGUUACUCACCGCUAGCUGCACGUUACUGCCUGCGAGAGGGAGAACGUCCUUCCCUCCAUCUGUCCUGUUUCCUUCUCUCUCACUUUGCAUUUCAGUCCCUUUUCAUCCACAAAUAAAACCUCGACCCCCACGUGGCCAGGCCGGCCGAGGCCCUGGGCCCCCCUGGGAGACCAUCCGUGUUUUACAGGCAUAGCCUGUGGGUGGGGCGUCAUUCUUCCUUCGCGGGAGCAGCACACACUGAGGCUGAGCGGGCUGUGGGCGGGGGAGCGUCACCGCCCUGCACUCCCUGUCCAGGUGCCGGGAAGAUGUUUGACAUCAGGAUCAUGACGGCCAUCGGGGUCGCCUUGCUGAUCGCCAUAGUCCUGCUGAUGUUCUGUGUCACCAGCCUUCUGUUCAAACUGACCAGCAUAUUGAAAGCUCCAAAGCUACCGAUGUGCUUGGUCUUAAAAAGUUACCCGUCCAUGGUCACCAGGGACAAGAUCGCCGCAGCCUCGUCCAUCACGGCCAGCUGCUACCCUGGCCUCCAGCUGUAUGACGAGUGUCAGCUGUGCGCUGACUCCAAGGCCCUGCCGCCCGGCUUCUGCGACGUGAGCGAGGGGCUCUGACCGGCGGCCCGGCGCCUGCAGGGCGACCUUUCUUAGCAGAAUGUUUUAUUCGAGUCGUGUUCUAGUGUUCCCACUGUGCUAUGUGCUACAGGACAUUCGUGUGCUUUUGAAUAAAUGCAGAAUUGAAAACACCCGGUCCGCCUCGGGGAUGUUUGGUGUCGUUAGGGAGCCAUGCACUGGAAUUGGGCAUCACCCACGUUGGGACGUGGAGCAACCGGCUCGUAAUGUCGCGUGCAGCAUAGGCGGGCGGGAGUAAGAACUAGAAAGGCGCGUCGGCGAUUUGACAGGAGGCAGCACCGUGCCAGGCGCUGGGGAUGGAAACUUCUUAUCCCGGCCGCCUCGGGGAAGGGAACGCCGUCUCCGAAGAGACACGUUUCCUGGUGCGAAGCUCUGCCCGGGUUGUUGCGUGGAGCCCCGCUGAGACCCGGAAUCGGUCCUUCCAUUUGCACUCUACGAGGAUCAGGACGCAUCCCCAGCCGUGGCCUGUGCUGACCGGAGGGCCCGCCGUCCGUCCAGGCGUCCGUCUCCCCCCCAGCCUGGAGCCUGACUUGAGCUCUGAAGGGACAAGGUUUCCAGGGGGACCCUCCCCUGGCAGCACUGGCUCCUCACCACAGAGGCCAGGUCAGCAGGAGCGGAAGGAGGGGAGGGUCCUGGGCGCAGGGCAGGGGGAGCUGUGGACGAGGCAGAGAUGAAACCUGGGCCAGGUAAGGGGCUCCUGGGCUUACACCCCAGGCCUGGGACCCAGCUGCUCGCUGCCACCUGAGAUGCGGUACCCGAGCCCUAAUGUGCAGACUGCACAGCCCACGCAGCGAAGCCAUUAACGCCUUCCAUUCACAUUGGCAAACACUCCCUGUGAGGCGACUGUGAUGCUGCUUCCCCGUCACACCUGUCAGACACACGCAGGGAAAAUGGACAUAUUCCGCUCACGCUGGCAAACACUCCCUGAGAGACCAUUGGGAUACUGCUUCCCAGGCACACCUGUCAGACACACGCAGAGGAAUCUAGCAUUGGUUUUUCAACCACCUGCAUCUCUGUUCACCCGUGGUCCUCGCUCUGAGGGUAGUGAUGUGGCUACAGUCUUGGGGAGGCGUUUUCUAAAUCAAUGAAGAGACUACACACCAGAAGCUAUAAA